GCGCUGGGCCCGCGGGGAGGAGGAGAUCCACGGCCCUCAGGCGGCUCCGUGAAGCUCCUCCGUGAGGCGGCUCCGUGAGGCUCCUCCGUCAGGCGGCUCCGUCAGACUCCUCCGUGAGGCGGCUCCGUCAGGCUCCUCCGUGAGGCUCCUCCGCGAGGCGGCUCCGUGAGGCUUGGCGCGGCUCCUCCCGUCAGCUGCAGGCGUGGGAAGAGCGAGGAAGCUUUUUCACCGCCAUCGUUGUCGUCACGCUAAGAGGAAGAGAAGUAGGAGUCUCCAACAUCAUCGCCGUCGCCCAUCCAGCGAGGAGCUGCAGGGGACCGCUGGGGCCGUGAGAUGUCGCGCAGAAUGGACGCUCGCAGCGGAGACGGAGACAUGGCUGGGGGCGACGGGAAGGAGGUGGGGGGGGAGGAGGAGGUGACCCUUCACCUGCCCGUGGAGCCGCUCGUCAGGCGGGAAGGCACUGGGGAGGAGCGCAGGCAUGAGACGUUUCUCAGGGUGAAAGAGGAGAGAGAAGAGCAAGAUACCGCUCAUGGAGGCGACAUUCAGAUCAAAGAAGAGGACACGCAGAGCGAUGGAGGUGACGGAAGAGGAGGAGAUGGAGGAGGAGGUGAUGAUGAUGAUGGAGGUGAUAGCGAUGGAAUUGGUGAUGAUGAUGGAGGAGGUGAUGAUGGUGAUGAUGGUUGUGGAGAUUAUGAUGGAGGAAGAGGAGGAGGUGAUGAUGUCCUCUACAUCAAAGAAGAGAACAUGCAGAGCGAUGGAGGUGACGGAGGAGUAGGAGAUGAUCAUAGAGGAGAUGAUGAUGGAGGAGGUGAUAGCGAUGGACAUGGUGGUGGUGGUGAUGACGGUGGAGGUGAUGAUGAUGAUGGAGAUGACGAUGGAGGAGGUGGUGAUGAUGUCCUCUACAUCAAAGAAGAGGACAUGGAGACAGACUGCAUUGACGACGACGAUGACGAGGCCGCCGCUCUGGAGUGCCGGAUCUUGCACGACGGCUCCACCUUGAGGCCCGGGCCGGCCGUGGCCUCCUGGCGAGGACGAGGUGCCUCGCCGGGCGUGGCCGAGAUCGAGGUGGAGGUGGAGGGCGACGACGACGACGGCUCCGCGCUCGGCGGCGGCGGCCUCAUGGGACGAGAGAGCGAGGAGGACUACCGCAGCGAGCUCGCCAGGGAGUUUGGCCUUCAGCCACGCAUGCGGCUGCGAUCGAUGCGGACGAACGCCAGCAAGGGCCAGCGACGGCGGCAGCAACAGCAGGUCCUGGGCAAUCCCCGCGCCUACAGAGCGGACGACGGUGACGGUAACGACGCCGGCGACGGUGACGCCGACGCAUCAGACCCCCGGCCUCCGCCGAAACCACAGCACCACCACCACCACGCCUGUCCCGACUGCGGCAAGGAGUUUGCGACGCCCAAGAGCCUCCGGCGCCACCGCAAGAUCCACAUGGACGUGAAGCCCUACCAGUGCCCGGCGUGCGACAAGGGCUUUGUGCGCCCCUCCACGCUCCGCAGCCACAUGUGGAUCCACACGGGCGAAAAGCUCUUCAAGUGCCCCGCGUGCGGCAAGAGCUUCACGCAGUCCUCCUCGCUGCAGUACCACGCGCGGACGCAUGCCGCCGAGGAGGAGGAGGAGGAGCGGCGUCGGCGUCGGCAGCUCCGCGCCCGCGGCUCCCCCGCGGACGGAGCCGCCUCGGCCGACGACGCCGACGCGCGGGUGGCCGCGGCGGCCAGGCCGUACGCAUGCUUCGUGUGCGGCAAGGGCUUCACCCUCCCCAAGGUCCUCAAGGACCACAUGAUGACGCACACGGGCGAGAAGCCGCACGGCUGCCCCGUUUGUGGCAAGCGCUUCAUCCAGUCGUCGGCGCUGCAAAGGCACGCGUGGACACACACGGACGAGAGGCCCCACGUGUGCCCCGUGUGCGGCAAGGGCUUCACCGUGCCCAAGUUCCUCAAGGACCACCUGAUGACGCACACGGGCGAGCGGCCAUACGCAUGCUCCUUCUGCGGCAAGGGCUUCAUCAAGCAGCUGAACCUCGUGUGCCACGUGCGCUCGCACACGGGCGAGAGGCCACACGCGUGCCCCGUGUGCGGCAAGGGCUUCGCCUACAAGUCGGUGCUCAAGCGUCACAUGGAGACACACGCGGGGGAGGAGGAGGAGGAAGAGGAGGAGGAGGGGGAGGGGGGGGAGGGGGUGGAGGAGGAGCGGUUGGGGGGAGAGCAGGUGGAGGAGGAGGAGGAAAAGGAGGAGGGUGUAACUGCUUCUUGAAGGAUCUGUGUGAGGAUGUUUGCUUGUAAGGGUUGGCAUCUGUGUGCAGACUGCCCUACAUGACAUCAUCGCAAAUGUCCGUCUGCUACAGCAGAGCUGUGGAGAAUUCCAACAAGACCUACAUCUCUGCUUUAUUGACCUGGUCAAGGCCUAUGAUACUAUCAACAGACCAGGGCUGUGGAUUGUUCUCCGUGCUUUCGGAGUCCCUGAUUCUCUGUCCAAAAUCAUUAAGGACCUUCAUGAUGGUGGGCAGGCCCGGGUAAAGCUAUGUGGCCAGGAGUCGGAGCCAUUCCAUGUUCACCUUGGCGACAAGGAUGUCCUCUGGCUCCCAUAUUAUUUAACAUCAACUUUGACCACGUAGUUCGAGAAGCUUUCUAUGACUGUACCGGAGGAAUUUCCAUCUGUUAUACAGAUGCAAUGGGAGGCUGAUUGAUGCCCGGGGGCGGUCAAGGGAUGACUUCCUAUUGGUUAACCAUGCUAUGUAUGCUGAUGAUCUGGUGAUUGCUGCUCACUCAGAGGAGGAGUUGGAGGUGCUGUUGCUGAACUUCGAGGGUUCCACUAAGAGGUGGGGUCUUGCCAUCAGCCCCAGUAAACCUAAGCACCGGCCUGGAUGUUUUGUGUCAUCAAACGCUCCACAUCCUCAGCUCCACAUUGGUUGUGGGGCAGUUGUGGAGAGAGUGGAGAGUUUCCCAUCCCUGGGCAGUGUUCUUAUGACCAGUGCUGGUUUGACAGCAGAGGUCUCACUCUGAAUCAAUCGGCAUUAUUUUUUCAUUGGGUGCGUAAUGCUGUGUGCAAACUUUCCUGGUCUUUCGCUCCUCUCAAAGCUUUGGGUCUUCUUGGCCACAUUCAUGCCCUCUCUUCUGUAUGCUUGUGAAAUGUGGACCCCUCUAAUGGAACAUCUGCGCCGGUUAGAAAUAUUCAGGCUGGCCUACCUAUGAUCCAUCCUGGGUUUAACCAGGCUGGAUUGUGAGGAGCUCACAAAUCCUUGAAAGAUCUGGAAAUCAGUGAGCUCUUCUGGCAGGCAAGGCUGCAUUGGCUGGGUCAUGUAGCCUGCAUGCCCAGCGACCACAUAUCCAAGCAGCUUCUGUUUGGCAAAAUAGAGGGGGCUAAAUGGGCACGGCACGGGCUAGAGAAGAGAUGGAGUGAUGUGGUACAGGAUGAUGUGGAGCUGAGUGCACUUGCCGAAGAUUGGUACCAGCGGUGUCAAGAUCAGCCUCUAUGGAGGAGGCUGGUGAAGGAUGCUCUUGGGCAGUUGGAGGCAGUCGCCCUCCAGCAACAACGGAGGGCAGAGGACCGAUGCUCACAACAACGAGCGGAGUGCCCGGCGGCUAAAAUGCAGCAAGUUGGUACAGUAGUGGGUACAGCUGGUGGUGCAUCUGCGAAUCAUUUCAGUCAGCCAACCCAUGGCACUUCCUGGGUCUGUCUCAUGAUCUGUCAGCGAGCCUUUCGACACUUCACGUGGCCUCAAAGUGCACCUGGCCUGGCACAGAAACCAUGGUGAUGUCACCAUCAUUUAAUGGCGAAUGGCAGGUAUUGACGUAAGGAUGUAUGUAAGGAUGUAUGUAUUUGUGUAAGGAUGUACAUGUGUUUGUGUAAGGAUGAAUGUGUGUGUGUAAGGAUGUAUGUGUGUAAGGGUGUAUAUGUAUGUAUGUAAGGAUGUAUGUGUGCAUGUAAGGAUGCAUGUGUGUAUGUAUGUAAUGAUGUAUGUGUGUUGGACUACAUAGUGAUGGACCAGCGAAUGCGAGCCCAUGUCCUUGACACCAGGACCUACCGUGGAGCUGAUCUGCCCUCUGACCAUCGACUUGUCAUCUGUAAGAUGCGCCUGCCACUCUUCCACUCUGGUGGUGGGUGUACACCCAGGACCCCAUUCCAACCUAAGGUGGCCUGGUCUCAGCUAGCUGAUAGAAGUUGCAAGCAAGAAUUACAUCAUUGCUUGCAGCUGGGGUUGGCAUCGUCUCCUACUCCUCCUGAUGUUGAGGGUAAAUGGGUGAGGUUUAGGACUGUGACUCAUGCAGCUGCAAUGGCUGCUUUGGGUACGCGGUCCAGACCACUCCAGAGUCCCUGGCUGACAGAGGAGGUGUUCAGGCUGGUUGAGAAAAAGCGACAGGCCCACUCUCAUCGGCUACAGUUUCCCACGUCAGAGAAUGAGGAGGCUUACCGCAGCCUUCGCUCAGAGGUUUGGAGAGCCAUGAGGCACUGCAAGGAUGGGUGGUGGUCGCGGGUUGCUGAGGAGAUGGAGUCUGCCUCAGUGGCCAGGCGAUCACAAAUCCCUAUUUAACUCCAUCAAAAAAGUAACCUGCAGUGCCACACCUAUUACCAUCAUUAGGGGAAAAAACGGUGAUCCAAUCUCCGACCCCCAGGAACAGGUUUGCAGAUUUGCUGAGCAUUUCUGUGAGGUCCUGGGGGAGGGGAAAUCCCUCAGCCAGGAAAACAUCGUGGCACAAAGUGGGGAUGACCCUGCUGAGGCUGUGGUGCCUCAAAUAUUGGAUGAAGAAGUCACCCCCUGUGAGUGGCUGACUGAGGUGCCAUCUGUUGAGGAAGUACUGAAGGCGAUCCAGAGUCUGAGACCAAGAAAGGCACCGGGCAGAGAUGAUCUUCCAAGCGAUAUGCUGAGAGAGGGUGGCAUUUGUGCACAGACUGUCCUACAUGACGUAACAAUAGUCUGGACCACUGGACGGGUUCCGCAGGACUGGAAGGAUGCUCUGGUGGAAGGGGGGGGGGCCGCACAGACUGUAACAACUACAGGGGCAUAUCACUCCUCAGUGUUCCGGGUAAGAUCCUGGCAAGGAUUAUUCAACAUCGCCUUGCUAGGCACGCUGAGGAGAGGCUUGUGGAGCCCCAAUGCGGUUUCAGAUAAGGGCGGUCCUGCACGGAUGCCAUAUUUUCUGUCCGUCUGCUACAGUAGAGGUGUAGGGAAUUCCAGCAAGACUUACAUCUAUGCUUUAUUGACCUGGUGAAGGCCUAUGAUACCAUCAGUAGGCUUGGGCUCUGGGUUGUUCUUCGUGCUUUCGGAGUCCCUGACCCUCUGCUCACGAUCAUUAAGGGCCUUCAUGAUGGUGAGCGGGCCUGGGUAAUACUACGUAGCCAAGAGUCAGAGCCAUUCCUUGUACACCUUGGGGUGCGACAGGGAUGUCCUUUGUCUCCCACAUUAUUUAACAUCUAUUUUGACCACAUAGUUUGUGAAGCCUUCAAUAGCUGUACCGGGGGAAUUUCCAUUUGGUACAGAUAUAAUGGGAGGCUGAUCGAUGUCCGGGUGCGGUCAAGGGAUGGCUCCCUAUUGGUCAACCACAUUAUGUAUGCCGAUGAUUUGGUAAUUGCUGCUCAUUCAGAGGAGGAGUUGGAGAUGCUGCUGCUGAAACUGCAGCGUGCCACUAAGAGGUGGGGCCUUACCAUCAGCCCCACCAAAACUAAGCACCUGCCUGGGUAUUUUGUACCAUCGGACACUCCACCCCCACAGCUCCCAAUCGGUGAUUGGGCAGUUGUGGAGAGAGUGGAGAGUUUUCUAUACCUGGGCAGUAUGCUCAUGACCGGCUCCGGUUUAACAGCAGAGGUCUCACUCCGAAUCAGUCGAGCGGCAAUAUCUUUUCAUCGGGUGCGUAACGCUGUGUGGAAGCUACCUGGUCUGUCGCUCCGCACGAAGCUUCAGGUAUUUUCAGCCACGGUCAUUCCCUCCCUUCUCUAUGCUUGCGAAACGUGGACCCCUCUAAUUGAGCAUUUUCACCAGUUGGAAACAUUUAGGCUGGCCUGGCUACGAUCCAUCCUGGGUUUAACCAGGCUGGAUUGUGUGAGGAGCUCACAAAUCCUUGAAAGAUCUGGGCAAAGUCCCAUCGGUGAGCUCCUCCGGCAGGCAAGGCUGCGUUGGCUAGGUCAUGUAGCCCCGCAUGCCCAGCCACCGCAUGCCUAAACAGCUUUAGUUCGGCCGGAUAGAGGGGGCUAAACGGGCACGGCAUGGGCUAGAGAAGAGAUGGAGUGAUGUGGUACAGGAGGACGUGGAGCCGAUGACUGGUACCAGCGGUGUCAAGAUCAGCCUCAGUGGAGGAGGCUCGUGAAGGACGCUACUGGGCAGUUGGAGGCAGUCGCCCUCUAGCAACAACAGAUGGCGGAGGAGCGACGCUCACAACAACGAGCAGAGCGCCAUAGGGGGCACAGGUGGUGCAUCAGCCAGUCAUCUCAGUCAUCUCAGUCGGUCGACCCGUGGCACCUAGGUCUGCCCAGUGACCUGUCAGCGGGCGUUCAACACUUCACGUGGCCUCAAGGUGCACAUGGCCUGGCAUAAGCGUCGUGGUGACGUCACCGCCACUUAGUGGCGAAUGGCGGUUCUGUAAGGAAGAAUGUGUGUGUGUGUAAGGGUGUAUAUGUAUGUAAGGAUGUAUGUGUGUAUGUAAGUAUAUAUGUGUGCAUGUAAGGAUGCAUGUGUGUAUGUAUGUAAGGAUCUAUUUGUGUAUGUAAGGAUCUAUGUGUGUAUGUUAGGAUGUAUGUGAAAAGGACUUCGGACGAGGUUAAGUAUAGCUCAACUGUAUGGUUUAUUCGCUGAUAAUGUGCAGACAUAUAGAGACGAUACUUAUAGACGAUUCACUCCAGAAUGCGCCCCGAGAUCUCUCUCGGGCUCUUCAUAUAUAUACUGUACCCCCCUUUCCAGAAGGUUCUCUUCUAUCUUCCACUCCCCAUUCUCCUUUUCCAAUGGUUAUCAACAGUCCCUUAUUAAUUAUUUUAAUCUUCCUGCCUGUUCCCCUUGCACCGAUAUGAUUUGAAUGCUCCGAUGCCUUCCAAUCAGAUCGGUGUGGUGGCAUCACUGACCAAGUCAGUGGCUCUGCUAUUUUUAAACUCUGCCUGCCUGUGAAGUCCUUAAGACUUCUGGCAUUGGACUGGCCACCAAGCCUAACUGUUACAUAUGUACGGAUGUAUGUAACACCGGUGACGAUUAUAUGAACCGGCCCUGCGCCACCCCUAGGUCGACUCAGCCUCAAAGGAGUACCUGGCAAGGUGUGUAACCAUCGCCACUGGGUAGGCAAAGGUGGCCGGGCGUCGUGUUGGCCACCCGCUUCCUCGUGUGCCGUCCUGGCCUUCAUAGGUGCUCACAGCGCUUGCCCCAACAGUCCGUUAAGGUUAUAUGGGGGAUCUUUGUGUAUGUAAGUAUGAAUGUAAUUAUGUGUGUGUAGCCGGUCCGCCAUAUGCCCUCUCUCCUCCGGUCGUGAAUCCUGGCGAGGAGGGGAGACAGGUCGGCUAAAUAGAUGACAAUAAUAAAAAUAAUAACGGUCAGAGACUAUGAUGAGUAAGA